CCCACUUCACCGGGGAUGCCAGCACGACGACACAAGGCGACGACCGAGUUACACCACGCGAUGGCUCCGAAAAAGAAAGGGCCGUUCUUCUUCCUCAUGCGAGAGCUUCAGAACGAGCGCAAGGAACGCAACCUGCCGUGCUCUCUGGACGCCGUCCGAGAAGAAGCAGGAGAGAGGUGGAAGACUCUGACAGAAGAGCAAAAAGCCGUGUACGAAGCCAUGGCGAACGACUUCAAGGAGCGCGGAAAAGGAGGAUUACACAAUAAGUUCACUUCAGAUGGUCGCAGCAUCGCCAGUGUAUUGAAAGAAGAAGAUGAAAGGAUACAGCUCCGUCGGGACAUGAUAAAUAGUAUUCAUCGUUACGUUGACGAUAUUGGCACAGUUGACGAGAUUAAAAGGUGGCCAUUUUAUAUAGUGUCCUUCAAUAUACUCUGCGAAGCAAAUGGGAUAUACUACCCACUAGAGAUUGGACUUAUAGAGUACUCAAUCGAACAAGGUUUUAUAAGAGCCUACCACAAGUUCAUCGACCCAGGUCCAAUACCUCUUGGAUUUGCAAGUGCUGCAAAAGACCACAGCGAAAGCACGCAUGGCAUCCCCAUCACAGGUUUUGAAGAAGGCACAACCGACUACAGGAGCGUUGUCCGUGGCCUGAUGGCAUAUCUUCGACUCCCCAUUGAAGAUGCGAUUCUUCCACCGCUCUUCUGCAUGCAAGACCACAUCCCACAGGCCGCUGGCUGCAUGCGGUGGCUCGAAGAACAUGCAAAUUUCACCCUGGACUUUCCAAUCUGGGACAUCCUGCCACUUCUGCGCAAGCUGCGAAAUGUGGUUGGAGAGGAGAUCUCACAUGCCGAAGCAGAGAACAUCCUCAACUCAGCCUUGUUCGACUACGAGCUGAAGUCUCUCUGUCCUUACCACCUGGACAUUGACAACAAGAACUGUGCCUUGGGAGAGUGUAGAAGGCUUGGGUACAAAAUGUCGAAUGCCCUGCUCAACGCAUACCGGAUCGAGCGCUGCAUCGACUACCAGCAUCUCCCACCGAGGUUUGACCCAUCGCUCAACUUUGAAGUCUCCCAGAUGAACCUGAGGCCAGUUCGCAUGGGCGUGUCGCGGCGGCCCCUUGGGGCCAGCGGAGACCAUGGCUCGUCGUAUUACCAGCGGUCAAGCGCUCCGGCACCAUCCUUGCCAAGGGAGACCAGGCGGGUCGAGGACUACUACGCCGAACAAAGGGGCCCAAGAGUGAUUCCAUCAGCACAGCCUGGUCCUUCCAAGGCCGGUGGGGCAUGUGCAUCUGUGGAUUCCUUGGUGGACGAGUUCCCGUCCUUAGGAGACUCCAUGCUGGGCCGCAAGCCCCCCGGCUACUUCGGGUAUUCCAGCAGCACGCCGUCUUACUCGGAGUUGAGUGACGCGGCCAGUGUCACAUCGGAUUGCAGUGUGUCAAGUGGUGCCAAACCAAAGGUAGGAGCAGCUCCAUCGCGGCUAGCAGCCCAGUUUUCAGACACCUCGUCAGUCCUGCAAGGCAUCGGCCGGGGGUUGCCAAUGCCAGGUAUAAGGGGCACACAGAGCCCAGGGAGUGGCUCCACUUUCCAAAUGCCAAGGCAGCCCCGCACUGAGCCAGCUUACAUCAAGAUCCGAAAGCCAUCGUCUCCUGAUGACUCUGUGGGCAAAGGAAUGGGAAGAGGCACCUUCUGAAUGUUCCAACGAUCCCGUCAAUGUGCCUUACGUCGAGAAAACUGUGAUGCAGCUGGUGACACUGGGACAAAGGGUGUCUUCAACAUUUCCUUUUAAAAAUUCUAGGGUACCUGUUUGUUUUUGUUCAUGUCAGAAGUCUUGACCUGUUUCGUUGUGUGAAGUAAAUGUACCAGUUUUAUGCUUCA